AUGGAGGCUACAGCUAUGACGACGGCGGCCACGGGUUCAUACGGCGGGUCCUCGACUGAGUCCACGGCGUCAGCGUCAGCACCAGCACCAGCACCAGCACCCGCACCCGCCUACGACGACGAUGCCAGACAUUACGCUGCAGUGUCCUCUAGUCAGCUCCCCAAGGCCACCAGCACGCUCUUUCCACCUUUCGCGCUGAUGGAGAGUGGUGGUGGCCACCGUGAGGGCAAGAGCAUCGGCACUCGUUUCCACGAAGACUGCCACGAGACCGAUGCUUCAACCUCGGCCAGCCCACGCCUUCGCAGCAGCCGCCUCUCCAAAGGCAAAGGAAACGCUGCUCUACUUCUCGAUGCUCAGACGCAGCCGCGGAAACCUUUACGGCUGCUCGACCUACCUGUAGAUAUUCUGAAGGACAUCGUGAAAGAGGUCACGCAUACUAAUGAUCUGACUUCUUUGGCGCUGUGUCAUAGCGCGUUGCAUCGCUUGACCGUACCCCAUAUCUACUCGAGAUUCGACAUCGUGUGGCCGGAUACUAGUGUGCAUUCGGAGCCGAGGAGUGGUGUGGAUGCGCUUACGUAUGGCCUUGCAACGCUGGUCAUGGCGGAGGAGAUCUUUGGGGAGGCACCGGGACAGCGGGUCAUGGGUGUGGGCGUUGCGCAGAGCGGGAACAGGUUCUUGAAGAGCGGGAAGGGCAGGGCGACGGAGAUGCAGGUGAGAAGGCGAAGAGGCAAUCACUACGCACAGUUCACGAGAAAGUUCUCCCUCGGUAAUGGGCCGGCGGACUGGGUGCAGGAGUAUCUGAUCACGAAGGAAAGUGGGAAGAUGCUCGGGACAUUAGUCGCGCUUGCUGUGGCGCGGAUGAGGAGUCUGGAGACUUUCAUCUGGGAUAUGCCGACUGGGAUACUACGAGAUGUCUGGCUGGCAUUGUCUUCACUGGACGAUCGAGAUGAUGGAAGGCCUUGUAGACUGGAGAAGUUGUGGGUGAGGUGGCAUGAUAAUUCGUCUGCCGAUACCGCGGCGACUGGGAUUCCGCCUCCGCCACCUCCUAUGCAUUUGAACGGUAUGAUGCCGGCGCCUUUACAGCCUGCUGGUGGAGUGGUACCGAGCGCCCUUCCACCUUUGCAGAUUCACGCUGCGGGACUGGAUCGAGUGGAGCAUCCUUCGUUCUCUGUCUUGCCUGCGCUCAAGAGCCUGAGUGUGCUGGAUAUUGAUGAGCUAGCCUACCUGGACGAGAUGGCUGUGUUGAUUGGACGGUCGCUCGACAAGCUGCGUGAGCUUCGGGUUGGCAUUGCGCGUCAUGCUAUGAGCAAGGUGUGGGUUACAGUGUGGGAAGGCGAAGAACUGCUGCAGGUCGAUCCAGACUAUCCUACAGCCGGCUCGUUCACGAUUGGCGAGAAGCGCAAUGGUGGUGUUCUCGGCACCCUCGCAGGCUUUAUAUGUGAUAUGCGAAGACCGAAGAUCAUGCUACCGGAGCGGACGAGAAGGAUGAAGCCUACUCGAGCGCCACCGCCACCGGCUAUGCCUAGUCCUUCGCAGGUGGACAAUGCUAUUACUGAGGCGCUCAACACUAUUACUGCUACGCCAUCGCUGGGAGAAGACAUACCUGAUCACGAUGAUGUGGUCUCACCUCCUGUGGCAUCACCAGAAGAGCUAUUCUCAGACAGCCAAUCACUCAGCCCAGACAUGGCAUACGCCUCUGAUCCUCUGGUCGCGACGAGUCGGCAAGCCAGUCCCGAGCCUAGCGCCGAGCAUCGAAUCGCAGCUACCAGCCCGACAAUUGAAGAUGUGGUGCUUGGGAGCGAGCCGAUACAACCAGUUGAGCCAUCGGAACCACCUCUGGACAACUCACUACAGCUCGACAAUCUCGAGCUAGAGCGCGUACCACUCUCCAUACCCGUCCUCCAACGAAUGAUAAACUGGACCCACUUGACCUCACUCACCCUCCUUCACUGCCAAAACCACGAACAGCUCUGGAAGACUCUCCGCAGAAGUCUCGCACCUGUACCACGAUCGCCGACAUAUCCACAACCCCGCCGCACACCCAACUCCACCCCACGCAAGAACAGCAAGUCGACCAUGGCCUCCGAACCUGAAUUCGAGUACCGCAUCCAUCUCAAAAAGCUCCACACCAACACCGUCUCUCCUGCGCUAAUAAGUUUCCUGAAAGAAACACUUGCACCCAAUACGCUCGAAGUCCUCUUCCUACAGGAAGCACGGAGUUACUCCUCGUCCGUGUCUAUCGAUACAAUCUUUCGUGGCCCCAUACGAAGACAUAGAGGAAGUCUGAAGAAGAUACUGAUCGACAGCUCGGAGAAAGGUGUUGACGGCCUACCGACGAAUUCGAGUCGAUGGAGGCGGUGGAUGUUAGGGAGGGAAGUUCUAGGCUUCUUGUGCUCAGCCAGGAUGCCGGCGCUCAGAGAGUUGGGCUGUGCGCUGGAUUAUCGGGAUUGGCACUUCUUCCUGCAAUCCCUGCCUUCGAUCCCACAUCUUCGCAGCCUCUAUAUCCCCUUCCUCGCCGACCACGUGCACGGCACCAAUGUAGAUCCCCGAGAACUGGCGCUUCAGAUCGUGGAUAUUGUGGCUCUGCGGCCUGAGGUCGAGCUAUGCUAUAUGGGCAUCGCGAAUAAGUGCUUCGAGAUCCUGGAGAACAAACGGGAUACCGACUCGCGCAACGAGUCUCACCUCGGCUUGAGCGGUGGUGGGCCGAUCGUAGAAGGUUCCACGGGCUUCGACAAUGACGAGGACGAGGACGACGUUGAUGCUGAUGACGAGGACGCGGAAGACGAUGGGGAGGAGGGUGUAGAGGAGGAAGAGGCAACGGAAAGCGAUGAUGAGGAUGACGAUGAUGACAAUGAUGAGGACGACGACGACGAUGAUGAUUCCAGUGAUGGAGGGGGUAGUGGUGGAGGAGGAAGAGGAGGUAGGAAUGCGGCGCGGUUGAGGUUGAGGGAGAUCUUGUUUUAUGAUGAUAAGGUUGCUGUUUUCAAGGCGAGGCAUGGGCGGUUGUAG